AUGUCUCUCGCGAUCAAUAGCACCAUCAAGCUCAAGAAUGGGAGCCUACCGCGGCUCGGUCUCGGGGUGUAUCAGUCCCGAGGGGAUGAGUGCUAUGAUGCGGUCCGAUGUGCGGUAGAAGCAGGGUAUAAGCACAUCGAUACCGCCCAAGGAUACCGGAAUGAAGAUAUCGUCGGCAAAGCCAUCUCCUCCACCUCCACCCCCCGUUCCUCUCUCUUUAUAACUACCAAGUACAUGCCCUCUCACACUCCUCACUCGACCGAAGAAGUCUACUCGGUCCUCCGCAAAUCGCUCAAACCACUACACAAAGUCGCAGGGAGCAGCUAUACCGGGAACAACCCAUACGUCCGGCCCGAUGAGCCGAAGGCGGAGUAUGUGGAUCUGUUUCUCAUACAUGCGCCAUUUGGAGGUCCGGAGGGCAGAGCACAGAAUUGGGCGGCUUUAGCAAAGGCGCAGAAGGAGGGUUGGGCGAGGGAUAUUGGGGUAUCUAAUUUUGGGGUAAAGCACCUCGAAGCGCUCCCAGAACCUCGACCGGCGGUGAACCAGAUUGAGCUUCAUCCUUGGUGUCAACAGCGGGAUAUAGUCGACUAUUGCGACAAAUACGGGAUCGCCGUUCAGGCGUAUUGCCCGCUCGUACGGGCAGAUGCGAAGCGGUUUGAUGAUCCGGUCUUGAAGAGGAUAUGCGAGAAGACGGGGAAGGGGCCGGGUCAGGUACUGAUACGGUGGAGUCUGCAGAAAGGAUUUGCGCCAUUGCCGAAGAGCGUUACGCCGGCGAGAAUACAGAGUAAUGCGGACGUGUAUGACUUUGAGCUGGAUAAGGAGGAUAUGGAGGCUUUGGAUGGGCUGGAUGAGGGGGCCAGGGGGGCGUGUAGUUGGAAUCCUGUAGAUUCAGCGUGA